GCAGAGGAGCCGCAGCUCCAGCAGCGGGGCUCCGGGGUCCGAGGCGACAGGCGUGGGGGUGGAGAUGUUCGGUGAAUUUCAGGACUGGUGCCUGCGGACUUACGGGGACUCCGGCAAGACCAAGACCGUGACCCGGCGUAAAUACAACAAAAUCCUGCAGACCCUGCUCCAGGGGGACGAGGAGAACAGCAACGGGCUGUUUCUGCGUGAGAAAAGCAACAGUCACAUCAACGCCAAAUUUAAAUUCUGGGUCAAGUCCAAGGGCUUCCAGGUCGGGGCCUUGCAGGACGGCAAGAACGGCUCAUCGGACAGACCGGUGCUGUACGUCCCCAUCAAGGCUGCGUGUGUGGACAGUGUAUCAGGGGUGGACACGUCCCUGAAGCGUGUGGCAGUGGUGGAGGAUUUCUUCAACAUCAUCUAUGCCAUGCAUGUGGAGAUCAGCACGGACCCCAGCAAAGCACCAAAACAUGCUGGUCAGAAGAAGACCUACAAAGCUAUUGCAGAGACGUAUGCCUUCCUACCCAGAGAGGCGGUGACUCGUUUCCUGAUGAGCUGUGGAGAGUGUCAGAAGCGGAUGCACAUCAGCACCACAGGACAAGACUACAAAGAGAACGACAGGCCAAGCUCUCUGGUGACAGAGGUGAUCGACUACAACAUGCCUCUCACCACCACCUACAUGAAACAGAUGAAGCUGCAGUGCAUGAGCAACAACAAGCAUUCUUCUGGUUCCCGCAGCAGAUCGGUUGGUUGCUGGAUAACAGUGGAGGAUGACAGUUCACUGAGCAGUGAGGAGGAGGAGGCAGAGAUGAGCGAGCCCACAUGGCUAACAGCUGAUUUGGGAGCAGCAUCUGACCUAAGCCCACCAAGCCGAGGAGAGAGGAUGCGUCAUAGUUCCCACAACACGCACAGCAAGGAGGAUGACGCAUCCCUGUACAGCAGACAUGCAGUUGAGGUACAUUUUGAAAAAGAUGAUUCAUCAUCAGAGAGUGGCAGUGGUAAUGGCCUGCCUGCCCUGACCCCUCCCUCUUCUGCUAUAACAGAUGGCACCAUAGUCAGGGAAGCCGAAGUUGUCAAUGGUAACGGUGGCCCUGCCCCAAUGGACUUCAGCACACCUACUUCCUCCUCAUCAUCAUCUGAGGACCAGCAGCCAAUCAACCUGAGUGAACCACCCCCUCACUGUCUGCCCCUGUCAACCUCUCACUUGCCCGUCACUGUGUCAGCGGCAGCUGCAGCGCUUCUCGGCGCUCUGCAUCCCAGUGCACCUGAGGAGCUCCGCAGAAAGUACCCACUGGCUGCCAAACCUCCCCUGGCUCCACACCUGGCCCUACCUCUGCCCCUGCCGCACAAACACACCCCUCACACACACCAUGCACACGCUGCCAGCACCCACUCGCAGUCUCACGUGCACACUGCUGAGUUGCGACUAGACCGAGAUGGCAAGGACUAUGGAGGCAAGUCCCCUCAGUACAGUUCAGGUGGCAGCUACGACAGUGUAAAGAUGGACUUGAGUGCCGAGGACCUGACCAUGGGGCGUCAUGGCAGCCAGGUUGCCCCUGAUGAUGACGAUGAUGAUCAUGAUGACCAUGACGACAGUGACAAGAUGAAUGACACAGAGGGAGUUGAUCCCGAGAGACUAAAGGCCUUCAAUAUGUUUGUGCGUCUGUUUGUGGACGAGAACUUGGAUCGGAUGGUGCCCAUCUCCAAACAGCCCAAGGAGAAGAUCCAGGCCAUCAUUGAGUCUUGCAGCAGACAGUUCCCAGAAUUCCAGGAACGUGCCCGCAAGCGCAUCCGCACCUACCUCAAAUCCUGCCGACGCAUGAAAAAGAAUGGCAUGGAGACCCGUCCCACUCCACCUCACCUCACCUCAGCCAUGGCUGAGAACAUCCUGGCUGCUGCCUGCGAGAGUGAAUCACGCAAUGCUGCAAAGAGGAUGCGCCUUGAAGCCUAUCACGAUGAACAGAUCUCUCUGGACAAGCCAUCCAGUGGGGGAGGGAGUCUAAGGGAGCCAGCGUCACUUGGUCACUCUGCCUAUACCUUGGCCACAUCAGCCUUCUCGCCCCAGGAUGCCCAGCUCUACAUCAAUGGAGCCAGCCUCAGCUAUGGUUACCGUGGAUACCCAGGCCUGGGCGCUGCCAUGCAACACCCUGUUUCCCUGACAACUUGUGCUGCUGCUCAAAGCAACGGCCCCACAGACCUCAGCAUGAAGUCUCUCUCCUCCACCAACAUCAGUAAUUCCUCCUCCUCUACUACAACCAACAGCCUGGGUGGGAGGAGCAGUGGGGGAGGGGGAGGGGGCGGGGCCUCGACCCAGCUCAGUCAACCAGAAAUCACAGCUGUGCGUCAGCUAAUUGCCGGUUAUCGGGAGUCGGCUGCCUUUUUGCUUCGCUCGGCUGAUGAGCUGGAGAACCUCAUCCUGCAGCAGAACUGAUUUGGAGGAAGAGUGGGGAGGACACACUCACUUCCAUUAUGGAACAAAGUGAGAAUGUGGGAUAGAGGGAAGGUGAUGAAUCCCCACUCGUGUCCCCAGAAUAAUCCCCCACAAACCUGAAUCUGCUGAUUCUGCCUGAGCAGGACACAACUGGAAACAAAAGGAGCAGCAGAAUCUCUUUGUCUCCUCUCUGGAAGCACCUCACAAUCAGCAUUGCACUCUCAGCAGAGGACAGGAAGAGAGGAGGUGCAGGUGCAGUGAAACAGCCUGGGAGAGGAGUAAGCAAUGUGGUUUCAGAAAAAAAAGACUUGCUCUUAUUGGUGGAGCGGUUUUUGAGUUUCCAUCUGGAAACAGAGUUUUGACAGAUACUCGGGUCAACGACAUCUUAUGAUCUUAAUUCUUUAAAAAUUAAUAAAAAGGGACUCCCUAAAUGAGUGAAUUUCAUUUAAUUGAAGGUUUAAUUUAUUCUUUUUUGAGAGUCCAGUGAGAAAUUAUUUUGGUUGUUUUUUGACUCUUCCCAAGUGACUGUAAAAGGUGGUUUGACUUUAAAAGACAGCACUAAACAGGGAAAAGACUGGACAGUUGAACCUAGAGAAGAAAAUGAUGGAAAAGCUGUUUGUUUGGUUAAAAAAGGAGGAGAGAAACUUUUUUGUGCUCGCUUGUAUAUAAGCUGUCUGUGUCCUAUAGCACUUUUCCCUCACCUGAAACCUCACCCUGAAUCCCCCUAAUCCUCACCCCUUUUACCCAGGGAGCAACUUGCUACUUAUGCAUCCAAGGCACCAUGUUGACCACCAGGAAAUACCUCAAAUCAGAUCUGCCAAUUUCAUUUUUAGUUCCUCACACAGACACAAACACUCACAUUUAUACACACACAUUUUAAUGGUGACAUCCCCUCCAAAAGUCACUUUGCUUCUACUUGACCUGAUGUCUUCAGGGUUAAUAUAUUUUCAAGGGAGAGCCAGACAACAUUGUGCAGAAGACCUGUGAGGUCUAAAGCGAUGAAGCAUUUCAAGAACUAAUGUUGUAAACUUUUCAGUGUAAUCUUUAAACUUUUGUUUCAUCUGUGUGGGUUUGUUCAUGUGCCGCUGUAUAUAAUCAGUUUAUGUUGGAAACCUGAGGAGAAUCAGAGCUGAAGUUCACCCGAGUGUAGUUCUCUCGGAGGUGACUUUUUCCUUAUAGGGAAGGAAGGUGUGUGUGUCUGUGAGAUGGGAUUCUUAAAUGAAGUGCAGGUUAAAUGUUGAUUACUGGUGGCAGUUUUACCUCCCACUUCUAGUCUUUACAAGUGUAGAUGUAAUGCCAACAAAACCUCAGCACCCCUGCAUCCUUUCCAUUCCUCUCUCUUCUUUACUACAUUGGACCUACUCAGCACCUCUUCUUUGUGGACCUAAACAUCCUCUUCUUUCUUCUCUCCUCCUUGCUCCGUCUUACUCUGUCUGUUAAACUCUGAGAUGGCCAUUGUUAUUAUUAUUAUUAUUAUUAUUAUUAUCAUUAUCAUUAUUACUACUACUACUACAAUGAUGAACAAUCAUGUUGCUGCUGCUAAACAUGACACCGGACCUUCUGCCAUAGACCUGAAACCUCAAAGCCGGGCGUUAGCUAGCCACAGUGCCCCACAGAAACUCAAAAGACCAACCAGCCACCUUCAGUCUUGACCUGCAGCUUCAACUCCACCACAACCAAGCAAAAACAACACAAAGACUCCUUGUUUGUCAGGACUCUCUGACCUUCAUUGGCUUGCAUGUCUCUUCUCUCUUCAUCUGGUUGGUUGGUUUUUGUUUUUUCUUCAUAGGGCUCAAUUCAUGUUGUUUUAUGACUUUGUAACUGUGAAGCAUGUCCUUUCUUUUGUUUCUUGUUUAAUUUGACCUAUUGUGAAAGUAGAGAAACAGCGCUGAAUUGAUGGAGAUAAAGGUGUCAGGUUUAGCUUUCAUCAGUGGAUGAUGUUAUCACCACAGAAAGGUAGUUGGUAAUAUCUUGCCAAGCUAGUAAGAGCUUAAAAUGGUAUUUGCUGAAUAUCUGCUUGCUCCUGUAGCCUCUGGUGGACCUGUUUUCCUGUUCAGAGUCAAGCCAGAGCCUCUUUAUCAAAGGAAUAGUCGAUUUUGGGGAAAUAUGCUCUUUUGCAUUCUGGCUGCGAUUUAGAUGAGAGAUUUGAUGCCAUAUGUCUGCACCACAAUCCACACAAAAACCAAGGGGGCUAUGUGUCAGAUGUUACUGCUCCUGAACAAGACGUAGUCCAGCACAUUGACAUUUUUACAAUUUAGUUGUUGUACUAAUUAAACCAAUGAGAUAUGGUCUGUUAAUCAGUGAGCCUUAGAGGUGCUGGUAGGCAGAUUUUGCUGCCUGUAGACAAAGCAAGGCUAGCUGUUUCCUCCUGUUUCCAGUCUUUGUGCUAACCUGAGCUAAUCAUCUGCUGGCUGCUCUAGCUUCAUACCUACAGUACUGACAGCUCUCAUCUAGCUCUCUGCAAGAAAGCAAAUUAACACAAUUCCCAAAAUACUGAAUUAUUCUCUAAGCAGUUGUGACAUUGGUAACACACAGCUAAAGUUAUUAUUGCCACUAUUUAGUUUUAUCUCAUAGUACAGUUGCUACAAUAAGCCAAAUUUCUGAUUGGAGUUAUUAAUUGUUGGUAAUAGUUUGUUAUACUUUGCAUCAUUUGAUGCAUUCAGCAGCUCAAAACUCCUGUCUUAUUCAUUUCACCCAACAUGUGUAGUCAAAGUACAGAGGAGGCUGAAAGUGUGACAUUAGGCCAUUACUCUGUGCUGUGCUUCGACUGUGGCUCCUACUCAGUUUGACGGUUGUUUCACUGUAUUCCGCUACUUUUCUGCACACUGAGCGAAGCAACAGUCAUCUGUGAUGUGAAGGGGGAGGCUCUCUGUGUGUGUUUACCAGGAGGGAUCCCUAACUUGCACUGCGGAGAAUGGAAGAAGAGGCGCUGCUCUUUUUUUUUUUUUUUCUUCACAAUGCAGUUGAUAAUCAUAGAUGCAUUGUGUUGGUGAAAGGAUGUCCACAGUGGUGGUCAGAUGGUACAAUUUGUAUCACACACACUGAGGCGCUGUCGGGCUACAGAGCAUAGGACAUGAAAGCCAUUUAUUUAGGAGGCACGAAUGCCACUCACCAUAACCACAAACCCUCCACCCAAACCUUAACUCAUUUAAAUUCCUGUGCGGUGUCAGAACCACCGCAUCAAGUUCACAAUGCGAAUGACUUAAGUUAUGGAACAUGACAGAUGAGAUGUAGAGUUGUCAAGAGGUCUUUUGCUCUGGUUUGGGUUAUGUUUCUUCUUUUUCACAAAAUGGGAAGCUCUGUGUGUACUGAUGACUGAAUGGCAAACAAAGAAAUAUGCAAAAAAUGACCCAAUUAGAGGAGAAGGAGGGUACAGUGAUGUCACAGAGGUCAGACAUGUUGGGGUAAAAUUCUCUAAAAAGAAGCAUGUUUGUGGUGUUUUCACUUCGAUUGAAUUUAUUUUAUUUACCCAGACAUUAAGAAGAUUUGACUUAUCAGCCCUUUGAAGUAGAGGAAAUCUUACAAUAUAACAUUUUGUAAAACCCACUGAGGUACGAUCAGCUUUCCUCUCAUUUCUCCCUAAUUUUGGUGGGGGUUUUUUCACUCACAUAAUGGAGGGCGUUAGACAGUUUUAUUUGUUAGAGUGGCGCGAUUGCUUUCAUAAAGCCCAACAUGAGACUUUAAUGACACCGGUGCCCUGUCCUUCUCAUCUUUUGUUUGAUUGUCACUGUGCUCUUAGAUACUGCCAGUGGUUUGGUUGAGUCUGGCUGGUAGAUUCAGCACCUCUGGGACACCUGGGUUGGUCCAGACGUGUUCAGACAAACUCAGAGUACUUUUUUUUGUAAUAUUUCCACUUGCUGCUCUGUGUCCUAGGCCUGAGUCACAUAGAGUAAAGACCCAGAUGAUGAGAACAGAUCAGUGUAUCAUUCUGCUGUUUUUGUCUUCUUUACAUUUUCCACCAUUAAGACUGAGGCUCCCAGCUUCACACAAACUCUCCGUAAACCUGUUGUAAUAUAUUUUCUCUGUGCUUAUGUUACUUUUAGUCUAUUCUAACCGACUCUUCAUUUUAAAGUAGCAGUUUAUCCUAACCAGGGAACAAGUGUGGUGAGUCGGGAGCAGUAGAAAUCUGCAGCAGUGCAAAUGCUGUGAACCUUUUGCGUCUGCUGAAUCAGAUGAUAUGAUGCUGUCAUGCUCAUAAUGUGCAUGAGGAUCCCUCAGAUCAAAGCUGGGCCAAGUGCUUUUCAAUUUCAGUGUCAGUUCUGUUGAUAUGAGGGAGAAUUUCAGUCCCAGUGUCCUGACUGAUUCUCUCUAAACUGAGCAAACCAAGUGGAACGUCCAUUUUACCUCCCUCAGAAGUGAUCAUCAGCCAUACAAUUUCUAAACGGUUAAAUGUGUUUCUGUUGUCAGGAAGUAUUAUCGACAUAUAAACGAUUGUUUCAAUUUUAAAAUCAAGAAGAAAGGAAUAGUGAAGUUGAGAUUUUUAUGCAACAACAAUGUUUAAUAGAACCUAACCCUUACAAUUUGUUAUCAUCCUUGGACUGUGUCUUACACUCACAUUUGGGACCUAAAAUAAGUCUAAAAGGGGAUGAAUGUUGCUCAGGCCUGUUUAAUGAGCUUCUAUCAAGAAUGCUAAUUUUGUUUUAUUUUGGGUCAGUAAACCUGACAAAGCAGUUGAAGAUGCUCUGUAAAUGGCGAAGAGACUCUUGCUGCAGUUCAUCCCCUUCUUCUUUCCUCCUGUGAGUUUGAUUCCUGCCUGCUAAAAACUCCUCCGAGGACAAACUGCUCAACUGAAACAGGAUCUGGGAUUUUCUUUUCCUAGGAAUAAGUCAUCACACUAAACAUGAGUGAACCUCUGAGAUCAUCCCAAAGGCUUCAUUCUUAGCCGACCCUAGCAAACACCAAGUCACUGGCUCCUGAGGAUUAGAAAUUAAACAUGUUUUACGAUUACACGCAGCCAAAAAUCCUUGUACUGCUUGAAGCUGAUGACUUAAGUCGGGAGACCCAAGUUGAUGAGAUUCGGGACUUCUGGGAUUAUCUGGUUGGUUCUGCUGUCUUGAAAUAUAUGUUUGCUACACGUUUGUGAGCCCAGUUCAGUUUGCUUCAAAUUCAGAUCGCUGCAGAACAGCACCACAGAAAAAGACACCAACAACUGUAUAAAAGGAAAAAAUAGGCAAAUGACAAUCUUUAGAAAGGUGUAAUUUGCUCAUUGUUUGACUUCCAUUCCUUCUGUGUGUUGUAUGUGGGAGAAUAUUCGGAGUGUUUUAGCCAUAAUCAGAGCGUUCAUACUCCAGAACUCCUCCUCGUGUUGUUGACGUCUCCACCUGCCACAUUUCCGAGGUCUGUUUUUUAGUAUUACAUUAUUAUUACCAAUGCUCAGAUUCUUCUUGAUAUGAUUAUUUUAUAGAUAUAUUUUGUAGUGCAAGUAAAGUGACCUGUUUUUGAGAAGGUAUUUUGUAGAAUAUUCCAACAGCUUCAAUCUGUAUGCCUGUUCUGCACAUUCCAAACAUGGAUGUCAACAAACAGUGGACCUAACCGGCAUCACCACAAACAUCUGGCUAAUCACCUCGAAUGCUAUCAGGUGUUUAAAUCAACAGUGAAGUGUUAGUCCAGUCCAAAAUCAAACCGUUUUCUCAAGAUAAAGACGUCUAUGCUACAUAUUGACCUUUACUGUCCAACAACUUCCCUCUUCAGUCUGUAAUGCCAUGGUUUAUACAAGAGACUUUUGUCUUUUCAAAGGCUCUGUUUUCACAGCAUAAAAACUGACAUUGUUUUCAGAUUAUGAAAGUGCAUAGUGUGAAAAAUAAACUCUGAGGCUUAGGAAGAGCUUUAAGAAAGGUCACAGCAUCUAACGCCCUCCCAGCUCUGGAGAAGCAGGGACAUGCUUGCUGCCACAGAGAAAAGAGACUGUGUGGGGAGCAGCUGACAACAGACCAAAUAUAAGCCUUCUUGCUGUUGCACUAAAUUAUAGUUGUAAAAAAAAAAGUUUGACUACCUUUUACUGUGAUAUAUAGCUUCUGACCAUUGAAGUUCAAGAACUAUUAGAGACAUCAUGAUGUCUGGUGUCAUUGUUGAAGCCUUAAAUGUGAGUGAAGAGAGAUGUUUCUUCAUGCUCACACAGACAGACUAAUCUUUCUGUUUCAAAUCAGAUACUGUUCCAAACUCUGCUUACAGCUGUUCUGAUGCUGCAAGGUUAUGGAAUCCUUACAUGGGCAUCUGCUUCAGGGAAGCUUCUAGUCUGAAACAUCAAGCCUUCAGAUGGGUUGUGAUGCCGGAUGGGUCGCUGCAAAUGAUCACACACUUCUUGAACAACUCUGGUCAGAUGUACAGCUCAACACAUGCACAUGCACACAAAAAAAAAAACAUUAAAAUGAGAAAAAAAAAGUUGUUUUUUUUAUCAGGAUAUGGAACACAGCUUCUACUGUCGCCAUUCUGAAAAUGGGCUCCUGAGCCAUUGUGUUUUACAGUUUUUUUGUUUCAUUUUUCCUCAGUGGUGCUUUAGAAUUCUUCAUUUUGUACUUUGAGCAAUAUUUGAUUCUUUUCUCCUUCUGUCUUCACCUGACUUUGUACCAGACUCUUGAUUGUCUUGAUUUCCUUUGCCGGGCCCUUGUACCUACAGUAAUACCAAUGUGAAACCUGUAUUCUCCUCAUGAUUUGACUCAGUGGAAGUGUGAUGUUUACAUGUACAGAUUUUUCAAUUCUUUGUGGUUUGUUUUCUGUUUGUCAGCCCUCAUCCCUGUUUUCAGUCAAUCCAACUCUUUCCUUACACACUGAAGGGAAAUGGGACUGCUUCGAAAUACAGUUACCACCAUUUCACACAUAAGCCUAUCACAUGAGGGGACGUUGAUGUUUUGAAUUUCAGUCGGUCACUUUUCUUCAACUCUUGAAUUUUCAUCUUUUUAAUACUAUCCAUUUAGAAAUGCCUUGUUAGCAUUUGGUUAGCACUGAAAUGCUAAAUAUUGAGGAAUGCUAACAGCUAGUUUGUGUGUGAUUAUCGGUUUAUAGUGGCGGAAAGGUUCAACUUUUGUGCUCAGUCAAGGAACGUCACACGGCUGAAAUGAAAAAGCAAGGCGUCCCUGUAUGAAACAGAUUGUGGGUGCGUGGGGGGACUGUGUGUGUGUGUGUGUGUGUUCGAGUCUGGGGGUGGGUUGACCUUUGACCCCUCGGCUUACUUCACAACACACAAAGUGACAGUGGGGCCACAGUGACCCUCCACUGGUGUGAUUGUGAUCCGGUGGAGAUGAUUCCUCAGUGAAUGAUAAGCCAUUACUGACCUUGUGUGUCGGGUCUCUUAGUCUAUUAGUAUAUUUAGCAAAAACUUAAACUACAGAUGACAAAACUCAACCUCAGGAAAAAAAGGACAUCACUUUUGUAAAAACCUGUCUAACUGAAGGCCCAUUUCCCUCUCUUUGAUACCAUAUAAAUUAUAUCUAAAAUUCUUUUUAUAUUUAUUGUGUUUAUUAUUAUAUAUAACAGUGGAUACAUUUUUUUCCAGUACCUGUGGCUAAAUAUUUUGAUUCUUUAGAAAAGUGUUGAUAAUAUAUGUGAAGCAACUAAAUGAUUUAGGGGGAAAAAAUGAAGUUUAAAAAGAAAUCCAGGGUUGUUUUUUCUGUUGGCUGAACAUGCUGGAGCGAUACAGGCGUGUUUGUUUAGUCUAAAACGACAAGAACAUAUCACUCUGGUUCAUUAUAAAGAAACCAAUGAUCAAAAAACUGAGCUUUCUUUUGUGUGAUGUCACUGCUAAGGCUGAAAUGUUUCUGAAAAGUGUGACCAUUGUUUUUUUUUCAAGCUGUAUGUCACAAAGCUAAAUAUACUAAUAAAAUUGUGUGC